AUGAUUAUGUUUUCGAAUCGGACGGUUCAGAUCGAGGAGAGCGAAGAGUCCGUGCGGCUGAGAUCUUUGGGACCCACAGCGCGUCACAUCAUCAGCUCGUCGCAUGCAAGCGGUUGUUUCGAUUUCGGAUUUCUCCAAAAACUCUUUCAACCUCUUUUUCCUCCGUCUCUCCUCCGACUAUCAUGCCUCCGAAGACGAUCGUCAAGCAAGAGAAGGGAAAGGCCGUCGACCUCGGCGGUGACGGGAAUUCACGCCGCACGCCGAGACGACGCUCGACGCCGAAAGCCUCGACGCUUCCGGCAGGAUUUCGGGAUCCCGGAUGAGAUCGAACUCGUUCUCCGGCUGAGGGAGAGGACCCGGAGCAUGUUCGUCCGGGGUUUUGCUGCGCCUAUACGUCGUAUUGGCGGAGCGCCGGGAUGA